AUGUCAAACACCUCAUCUGUUGAUAGCGAACGCAUUGCCAGACUUGAACAACUCGUUCUUAAUCUGCAGGCUGAGAUUGACACUAUUUCAAAGCACAACGCAUCUCAUUCUAUCAACACAUCUCAUUCCGCCACCCCAGCGCCGCCAACGCCGCCUCCACCAACAACUUCGCCUCCCGAAUCGAUUGAAGACAUCCGUUUAUUCCACCAUUUUUGCGUCUCAACAUCCAAGACCUUAGCCACCGAGCCCUCACGACACAAACUCUGGUCCGAAUUCGUCCCGCAACUCGCCUGCACUCACCCCUUCCUCAUGCGCGGCCUCCUCGCCGUCUCCGCCCUCCACCUCUCCCACCUGCACCCGCACCAACACGCGCACUACACACACCUCUCAACCCACCACCAAACCCUCUCUCUCACCCUCUUCACCGCCGCCCUCCCCCCCACCACCACCACCCUCACCCCCACCACCUCGCCCGCCUUCCUCCUCCUCAGCUCCCUCGUCUUUCUCCUCAACACCUACCCGCUCGCCCACCCCCACAACAACACCCCCAUCACCCUCCCCUCCAUCACCCAGUCCCUCUCCCUCCUCCGCGGCACCAUCAGCCUCCUCCUCCUCAGCCCCGACGUGUGGCAGCACGCGCGCAGCGGGCCCCUAAAAGACCUCUUCGCGCACAUAGAACCAGUCGCGCACCCUCGGGGCCCGUUCGUCGACAAGCUCGACGCGCUUGUCGACGCGCUGCGACGCGAACUAGUCGGCACGCCGGCGAAGGCGAAGAAGCGCGUCGCGCUGCUGGCCGCCGUCGAGGCGCUGCGGCACACGUAUGCGUUGCUGGUGGCGGCGCGGGUGGGGGAUAGAAGGGAUCGGUUGUGGACGUGGGCUGUUGUCAUUCCCGAGGAGGUGCUGGCAUUGUUGGAGGAGGAGUGCGCGGUCGCGCUGGUGGUGUUGGCAUAUUUUUGUGUGUUGGUGGGGAGUGUGGAAUGCGGGGUUGAUUGGGGUGAGGAGCAGUGGUUCAUGAAAGGGUGGAGUGGUGGGGUGGUGGAAUGUGUGGUUGAGGUGCUGGAGAGGAAGGAAGAGGAGGAGGGCAUGUGGAGAGAGUGGGUGGAGUGGCCGGUUAGUUGCGUGAGGAAAGGAUUGAAUGUAUUAGAGACGGCUGGCGAUAGUACCUAG